AAAGCGUGUUUGCAAUCCGCGUUUUUGUAUAAAAUUUGUAAAAUACUUAUUUAUACGGUGUUUUCUUUAAUUAAAAAGAAUAAAAUUGCUAUUAGCUGGUGCUUAAACCUUUGCAAAUAACAUGGAUUCCGAUUUAUAUGAUGAGUUUGGCAACUAUAUUGGCCCUGACUUAGACAGCGAUGAUGAUGAUGACCAAAGUAUCUACGGGCAACCCGAUGUGCAGGAUGAUCCAGAGGAUGCCAUGGACGAGGACGAAGUGGAGCCGCAGGAGGACGAGGACAAGGAGGUGACUGCCGUCGUUUUGCACGAGGAUAAGCGUUAUUAUCCGUCAGCCGUUGAGGUUUACGGGCCGGACGUGGAGACCAUUGUACAGGAGGAAGACGCCCAGCCGUUGGACAAGCCUCUGAUCGAGCCGGUUAAGAAGCUCAAGUUCCAGAUCAAGGAGCAGGACAUGCAGGAGACCACCUAUGACAUGGAAUUUAUGGCUGACCUGAUGGAUACUCCACCUCUAAUUCGCAACGUGGCGUUAGUUGGCCACCUACACCACGGCAAGACCACUUUCGUCGACUGCCUCAUCCGGCAGACGCAUCCGCAGUUCGAGAACAUGGAGGAGCGUCAGCUGCGGUACACGGACACUCUUUUCACAGAACAAGAGCGAGGAUGCAGUAUUAAGGCCACGCCGGUGACUCUUGUCCUGCAGGAUGUCAAGCAAAAGAGCUACUUGCUAAACAUCUUCGAUACCCCAGGGCAUGUCAACUUCUCGGACGAGGCCACCGCCGCCAUGCGAAUGUGCGAUGGUGUGGUUAUCUUCAUCGAUGCCGCCGAGGGCGUUAUGCUGAACACGGAACGUUUGCUUAAACAUGCUGUGCAGGAGCGCCAAGCCAUCACCGUGUGCAUAAACAAGAUUGAUCGGCUUAUUCUGGAGCUAAAGUUGCCACCUCAGGAUGCCUACUUUAAGCUAAAACACAUUGUGGAGGAGGUAAAUGGACUGCUAAGCACAUAUGGCUCUGCAGAAGAUAAUCUAUUAGUUUCGCCCAUUCUUGGCAACGUUUGCUUUGCCAGUUCUUUGUAUGGCUUUUGCUUUACUCUAAAGUCUUUUGCCAAGCUCUAUGCGGACACAUAUGAGGGAGUGGCGUAUCUAGACUUUGCCAAGCGCCUCUGGGGCGACAUGUACUUCAAUAGCAAAACGCGUAAAUUCUCUAAGAAGCAGCCGCAUAAUUCGGCACAGCGCAGCUUUGUGGAGUUCAUUUUGGAGCCCAUGUACAAGCUGAUCGCCCAGGUUGUUGGCGAUGUGGACACCACUUUGUCGGACACUUUGGCUGAGCUUAAUGUGCGCGUCUCCAAGGAGGAGAUGAAGUCCAAUAUAAGGCCACUACUACGUCUCGUCUGUAAUCGGUUCAUGGGCGAUUGCAGCGGGUUUGUGGGCAUGUGCGUGGAGCAUAUUAAAUCGCCUUUGGAAAAUGCCAAGCGCAAAGUGGACCAUAUUUACACUGGACCGAAAGAGGGAGACAUAUAUCGAGAUAUGAUUUCGUGUAAUCAGUAUGGAACCCUAAUGGUGCACAGCUCUAAGAUGUAUCCCAACGACGAUUGUACAUUCUUCCAAGUGCUGGCGAGAAUUGUCUCAGGCACCUUGCAUGCUGGCCAGGAGGUUCGAGUACUGGGAGAAAACUACACGCUGCAGGAUGAGGAGGAUUCUCGCAUACUCCAAGUCGGCCGUUUGUGGGUAUUUGAGUCUCGUUAUAAGGUAGAGUUAAAUCGAGUUCCCGCCGGAAAUUGGGUGCUCAUCGAAGGCAUCGAUCAGUGCAUCGUGAAAACCUCCACUAUUGUGGAUAUUAAUGUCCCAGAAGACCUCUACAUCUUCCGGCCUCUUAAGUUUAACACUCAGAGCAUUAUUAAGAUUGCUGUGGAGCCUGUUAAUCCUUCUGAGCUUCCCAAGAUGUUGGAUGGUCUACGUAAGGUGAACAAAUCUUAUCCACUUCUCUCGACGAGAGUCGAGGAGUCGGGUGAGCAUGUCAUCCUAGGUACUGGCGAGCUGUAUCUCGAUUGCGUGAUGCACGAUCUGAGGAAAAUGUAUUCAGAGAUCGACAUUAAAGUGGCAGAUCCCGUUGUGGCUUUUUGCGAGACGGUUGUAGAAACUAGUUCGCUAAAAUGUUUCGCAGAAACGCCUAACAAAAAGAAUAAAAUCACCAUGAUCUCAGAGCCACUGGAAAAGGGUCUGGCAGAGGACAUUGAAAAUGGAACAGUCUGCAUAAACUGGAACAAGAAACGCAUUGGAGAGUUCUUCCAGGUCAAUUACGAUUGGGAUUUGCUGGCGGCGCGUUCCAUUUGGGCUUUCGGUCCCGACACAACGGGACCAAAUAUCCUUGUGGACGACACUCUGCCUUCUGAAGUGGACAAGAAUCUCUUAACAGCUGUAAAGGAUUCGAUUGUGCAGGGCUUCCAAUGGGGAACGAGGGAAGGUCCUCUAUGCGAGGAGCCCAUCCGGAAUGUCAAGUUUAAAAUACUCGAUGGAGUUAUUGCCAAUGAGGCGUUGCAUCGCGGUGGCGGACAAAUCAUUCCAACUGCACGUCGAGUUGCCUACUCCGCAUUUUUGAUGGCCACGCCGCGUCUGAUGGAACCAUAUCUGUUUGUGGAAGUCCAGGCGCCCGCCGAUUGCGUGUCCGCUGUUUAUACUGUACUAGCAAGACGCAGAGGACAUGUGACGCAGGAUGCACCGGUAUCUGGUUCUCCCAUCUAUACGAUCAAAGCGUUCAUACCCGCCAUCGAUUCAUUCGGAUUUGAGACGGAUCUCCGAACGCACACUCAGGGUCAGGCCUUUUGCCUUUCGGUAUUCCAUCACUGGCAAAUCGUACCAGGUGAUCCCUUGGACAAGAGCAUAAUUAUCCGUCCGCUGGAGCCGCAACAGGCGUCGCACUUGGCGCGAGAGUUUAUGAUUAAGACGCGCCGCAGGAAGGGUCUUUCCGAGGAUGUGUCUAUCAACAAAUUCUUCGACGACCCUAUGUUGCUAGAACUUGCUCGCCAGGAUGUGCUGGUCAACUAUCCUCUUUAGGCUUCAGGAUUCAAGAAAACCCAAUAAAACUUUUAGACAUA